ACAGACUGGCUUUAGCUCACACCACUCUUCCUCUGUCCAAGAGAAGACCCUAAACCUCUGCUGUGAGGCACUCACACUCAUCCCAACCAAUAAUGUGAAAAUCAGACGGAAACGUUUGUUAGAUGUUUAAACUCAUCGUCGCUUCAUUGUACUUGAGUGCCGUCUAUUUUCAACACUGUGACACAGUUUGCAGCCAGGCUACAGAAGGCUAUCCACAAGGAUACCUGGUGUGAGAUGCGGCAAUGUCCCGAGGAAUAUGCCCACGCGUAAACUCUUGCGGAUCAUUUUGGAUUUUGUCAGCGGUCAUAUUUGCGGUGAAUGUGAUCGACGUGGACGCGUACAGCUGUCAUGAAGUGAGGAUCGCUUUCCAGCUGCGGCAGGUCGGGCCGCUGCACCGCGUACCGAAGACACCUGGCACAGAUGUGGAUCUGUUGGUUUGCAAGCACCAGGGUCCAUCCUGCUGCACCCGGAAGAUGGAGGAGAGCUACCAGUUGGCUGUAAAGAGAGAAACCCUCCACAAUAUUCAGUCCUACAGCUAUGAGCUUGAGCACCUCAUCUCCGGCCACUCGGAUGCCUUCCAGGACAUGUUCCAGUACCUUCUAUCAUUCUCUCAGGGCCACCUGAGUUCUCUGUUGGAGGGAACCUACUCAUCCGUGUCCCGCCAUGCCCUACCCCAUGUUAACCAACUCUUCUCCUCACUGUCCCUCUACCUCCGUGGGGCCAACGUCUCGGUGGAGGCGUCAGUUCACCAAUUUUUUAACAACCUCUUCCCACUUGUCUACACACGGCUCAUCAAUCCAGGCAUUGAAGGCAGCAUGAUGAUGGGCAGUGAAAUGGGUGACUGCCUCCGUAUGAUCAGGCAGGAUGUCAACCCUUUUGGGCCUCAUCCAGACGUCAUGGCCCAGGAGCUGGCUGGGGCGUUGGGAGCCGGGAGACAGCUGGGCCUGGCCCUGGAGGAGGGUCUGGAGGUGAUGAAUGCCACCGAAAAUGUCAACAUGAGCAAAGAGUGUGUGAAGGUCCUCGUGAAGAUGGUGUAUUGCUCCCACUGCAGAGGCUUGACACUUAUCAAGCCCUGCGUGGGCUACUGUCUGAAUGUAAUGCGAGGCUGCUUGGCCAGCUUGUCAGAGCUGGAUCAGCCUUGGAGGAGGUAUACCAGCCUGUUGGAGCAACUAACCCACGCCAUGGCUGGGCACCACAGUCUGGAACUAGCCUUGCUGGGGGUCAGGGGGCACGUUAAUGAGGCCCUGCUCUACGCACAGCUCCACGGUCCACUCAUCACCGCCACGGUGGACAAGGUGUGUGGCCUGUCUACUGGGGAACCUCCAAGCAUGCAGCCUACUGGGCCAGAGGUCAUAACCUCUACCGUGACCUCAUCUUCUCUUCCUCCAUCUGCCGCCCCCUCCCAACCUCUACCAGAGCAGUGGCUGGGGCAGUUAGCCCACUUGAGGAGCUCGUUCCCUCUGAAACCCUCCAAGAACAAUAAACAUAAUCUGAGAACACUCUCUAGGGAGUUCUUGAUGUACCUGCAGCGCUACAAGUCUUUCUUUGCAGCAUUGCCAGAGAUGCUGUGCGAAGGGGAGAAUGUAGUGGACGACUCCACGUGCUGGAGCGGAGAUGACGUGGUGGAGAGCUAUACUGGCAGAGUUGUAGGAAAUGGUCUGCACGCACAGAGGCAAAACCCAGAGGUCAACGUUCGCAGCCCAAACCCUACACUGGCUGAGGUCAAGGAGAGGUUGGAGCUCUUCAAUCAGGAGACGCAGGAGAAGUUUCCAAAACUGGGCCAGAUGGGUGCCUGGGAUGAGUUGGGCAGUGGGGAAACAGAGGAGGGCAGUACCACAGACUGUGAUGAUGAAGAUGGAUGUCAAGCCUCAGGAGACGGUCAAGACCAUACCUCACAUACAGCCUCCAGUGGAGGAAAGCCCAUUGGGAGACAGCCUGGAGGUGACAGCCCACACGAGAACCCUUCCAAGCCCCCUUCAGUGAAGGUGAUAGGGGGCUCGGCGUCUGCCAGCUGGGCACGGUCCUGGAGCCUUGCACUGCUCUUUGCUGCACUUUGCUUGCAGUGGACCCUGUUCUGAUGCCAGCGCCCUCUGUGAUUCCCCCACUGACCCCUGCCUCCUGUAGGAACCACAUACAUGCACAGAGACACUCAUAUCAUAUACAUAUUACGCUUAGUAUCCUUACUCCUUACUCAACGUACAUUGAUGGAUGGUAAUAACAGAAAAAUGGAAAUGGCAAACAAGAUGAGGUGUGGAAGAGAAGAGGACAACGUUGAAGGAGACAGUUUCUCUUGCAGGAACUUGUUGUCCUGCAGCAACACUAAUGUGGGUGUUUGCACAAGAUAAUCUCAUGCACGCUCAUCUUCAAAGAUUAGGCCUGCUGCUUCUCCUGGGCUGUUUUGGGGCUAGACGUUUGUGUAUACAGACACCAAUGCCGCCACACCACUCGCACAAAACACGCCCUUUGUGGUUCAGAACGGGACUGCAUCAUUCUCAUUUUACUUAAAACAGCUUACAUAUUUACAGACUCGCAUACACGUUUCACAUACACAGUGCUGUUGGGUUUUACUUAUCCUUUCAGGCUAAAAACCUCAUCAUGGCCACUGCACCAUUUGCCAGCCAGGCAGAAGAAUUCAGCUCAUUUGAAAACUCUACUCAUUUUCUUUUCGAGGAUUAAGGAAUGCAUGAUAGAUUGAUAGAUCAAUCCCAGGUGCCUGGCCCAGAACAGCAGAUUUGAUAUACUCUAAUGACUGUGUACCUUGGUGGGGAUUAGAAUGUAAUGAGUUCACAGGUAGAGCACGGGCACACUUGCACGGCUGAACACAUUGUGCAGACAAACUAGGUGUGUAUAGUAUGUAACUGUAUAUAGGUGGAAAGAUUUGAUGGAUUGUAUGAGAUUCUGAUUCAACAAAAAGCUCUUAACUGAUUGAGCUGAAUGGGGGUUUCUUUUCCCUUAGCUAUGAAUGGACUGUGCUUGUCUGCUACAUACUACAUAUCAAAUAAUGCAAAACAAACUAUAGAGAUUUAAUUUCUGUAAGAAAUAAAGCAGGAAUGCACAUCAUCAACUCAAACCAUUUACAUAAAUGGAUACAUUUUGGAUGUUUGAACAAAGCCUGUACAUUGUUGAUUUUACUAAUGUUUAUCGUGCAUCCAGUUUUGUGUGUUUGCUCGUUGAAUUGCACAUUAAUGCAUGUAUAACCUACCAAGUUAUCAAAAUUGUUAUGGUAGGAUCAGGCCCUUUUUCGGGGUAGCAUCAAAAACUCGUAUAUUGCCUUUUCCAGUACACGUCGUGACGUCAGGUUUCAUCUUCCUCUCUCAAAUGACGGUUUGGAACUUGAAAACAAGAGGAAGGUUGGACUGCAGAUCCAACACAUGCAGAUUCAAAUACAAUUUAACACACACAAAAAGACAUGUGGAAUAUUUUUUACAAAGUUGGGUGCAUCUAUUGUCCAGUAUAGUUUCUAUACUGGACAAUAGAUGCAAUAGUGCACAAUGGCAUCCUAUAUAUAUAUAUAUAUAUAUAUAUAUAUAUAUAUAUAUAUACUAUAGUAUACAGCCAUUGUGUCCCUCUUCAUAGAUGUAUCAUAUAUUUUGCCAAAUAAGCUCUACUGUCUCUUCACUCACUCUUAAGCAGACCAUUCCUUGGAGUUCCAACAUAAUACAAGCAAAUCCUUCUUUGUUUUACAUGAUUCCUCAUGGGGAUAGAGAAAAAAGGGAAGUUCAACAAAAAAAAACUGUGUGAUUGCUAUAAUGGCUUCCUCUGUAUACCUGUUUUCUCUCUUGUGUAGAUGAGGAUGGUUUAUGUACUGGUACAGUAAAGUACCUGCGUGAAUGGGGUUGAAUGUAUGAUCAAUGCAACGCAGAUACAGUAUUAAACCUGAUAUUGCCUAAAAGCUACACAGAUACAGUAUCUAAGCUAAUACACUUACAAGGGUCUAUGUGCAGUGAAAUACCUCUUCUAUUAACUAGCCUGUUUUGUAAACAACUCUCCCUCCCCCUUUCUGAAAAGUAACUCACCAUUGACUAAAAGUGGAAGAAGGAUGACCCGCUUAACUACUUACAUAUACAAACAAUUAUACAUUACAACAUUACAAUUAUGACGAAUGAAGACGACUGCGGCUAUGUAAGGUUUUAGCAGUUUAAAUGUGUCACAUCUUGUGUUCUGUAACCACAUUUGUUUAGCUCAUGUAUUUUUUGUUCAUGUUCAUGUCGUUCAUUGCACCCACAGAUCACUUACAGCCCUUUACCCUCGCAUGUGUAUAAAUGUACAUAUUUUAAGUCACUCACCAUUUGUUUUGUGUCUUAUUUCGUCUCUUUUGUAUCAGUAUGAUACAGUGUACCCGAGCUCUAUUAAAGGUGCUCUGCUUUUUGUUUUUUUGCUUGUCUUGGUAGCCUGUCCUUAAAGAAUAUCAGUCACAACAGGUAUUGAUAAGCUCAUAAAAUCAGUUGUACUUGGAACAUGUGUGUAUUAAAGGACCUACAUACA